ACUGUUCCUAGGGAGAAACACCCAUUGUGCCAGGCACUGCCCUGGCUGGAGCUGGCAUCACAGAGCCCACGGGGAGAACUUGUGCCACUCAGCCCAAGCCAGACUCCACACGGGCACACCCUAUGAGGCACCAGGGGUAAUUCUCAACUGCCAGUUGGUAUUUAACUUUCCAUAUAAGAUUAGAUUAAAUAUUUGGGUUCAUAAAAGCCUAGGAUUGAAGGCUGCCGUUUGCAAGGGCUUAGUUGGUCCCAAGCUGAAGGCACCCAGCAGGCUGAGAGUUAUGUACAGCCCCGAAGAGCUCGCUAAACCCUGAGAGGGUUCAGAACAGCCCGACUUUGUAAAGGAAUUUUAUACUCACACUGCAUAGGUAGCCCAGAGUAGAAGGACUCUGUCUUCUUACCCUUGCUCAUCUAUAUUAAUUUUUAAAUUAUAGCAAGAGAGAAACAUGCCUACCUUAUCCAAUUUGACACAGACACUGGAAGAUGCCUUCACAAAGAUUUUUGUCACUUAUAUGGAUAACUGGCGCAGGAAUACCACAGCUGAGCAAGAGGCACUCCAAGCCAGAGUGGACGCCGAGAACUUCUACUACGUCAUCUUGUACCUCAUGGUGAUGAUUGGCAUGUUCUCGUUCAUCAUUGUGGCCAUCCUGGUGAGCACAGUCAAAUCCAAGAGACAAGAGCACUCCAAUGACCCCUACCACCAAUACAUUGUGGAGGACUGGCAGGAGAAGUACAAAAGUCAAAUUCUGAAUCUAGAAGAAUCGAAGGUCACUAUCCUUGAGAAUGUGGGUGCUGCAGGGUUCAAAAUAUCUCCUUGAUGAGGGAGAAAGACACUAAAUAACAUCAGAGUUGAAGAGGCGCUGGCAUAGCAAAGCAAACCCAGACUGUCAUUGCUUGAAAAAAAGUGGGUUCAUUUGCUCUUGAGAAUGUUCGUGGAGAUUACUUGGUUGGUCAACUAAAGCAGAUGGCAUUUCAGUCUCGGUGAUUGAUGCUUGCUUAUCAGAGCAAUGUAUAGUGGUGAAGACCUCUUUUAGUUUCUGGGCAAUAUAAAUGCCAUUUUAAUGAAUGUCAGUUGUGCAAAUAAAGCCAAAUUUGAAGUAAAAUGCCUGAGCAGUGGCCAUGGAGACAGAAAGGAGAAAGCCACAAAUUACUGAAUCUUCAGUUUAUAAAUAACCCAGAUGCAUAAUCCAGAAGCCGAAGUUCAAAGUCUACUACUUUCUUACUGGGUUGAUGUGGUUGUAUUUGUUUAUUGAUUCUUAAGUGAAGAGUAUGAAGUGAUAAAUGAACAGAACCAUGAAGUUACUUUACAUUUAUUGCUUUCCUGGACUUUAAUUUCUUCAGAAGUUGUUUUAGAGCACGUUUCUGUUGCUAACAACUAUAUACCACAUUGGGUAAUGUAUAAAGAAUAGAGGCUUAGGAACCAGCAGAUGGCAUAGUGGUUACAUCACUGGA